AUGAAGGGGCCAGAGAAGAGUCUAAGGAGCUUGAAGUGGUGUUUUAAAGAAAGCGUCUGCGAGACACAAUUGCUGAAGCUUAAUUGCAUGGUAUCGGCACAAGUGAGGCCAAAUUUAAGAAUACCAAGCGCCGCUCUACACCUGCCGUCUGCUGGGGACCAUUUGUUGUUUUUCAAUCCGAAAACAAAAGACUUGAGCCCCGAUGGGUAUUUUGCGUAUCAAACUCCCAGGGCUUUACUCCAAGACCUAUCGGUUCCGCAGUCAUUUAAGCGGCGCAUGUGGGCAUUAGGAUCAAUGCGCUUCAUCACUCCGCUGCAAAUAGACCUCAAGUAUGAGUGUCUAGAGACUGUGCGAUUUGUCAAAAAGAUCAAGAGCGAUUAUUACGUGGGCGUCGAUAGACAAAUCCUCGAAUGCGAGAGCCAAUUGCCCGCAGUUACCGAAUUCAGAACUUUGGUGUAUACCCAAAGCAGGCCAUCAUCGCGAUCGGGAGUGGCACCUGAAAUGGCAUUUAUCCCCGAACACUCCGUCCAACUAACUUUCCAGGAUCGGGACAUCGUACGAUACAGCGCGCUCACCAACAAUCCACAUCGGGUGCAUCUGGAUAAACUCUAUUGCAGAGACGUCGAGGGCUACGAAGAUACAAUUGUGCAAGGUCCAUUUGUCGUUCACAGCUUGUUAAAAUACAUGCACUUUGGGUUAGGCUUGAGUAUAAAAGCCAUAAGAUACAAAAAUACCCACUUCAUGCACACUGGCACUACUGUCCAAAUAUAUACACACCGUGUAUCUAUUGGACAAUGGGAAGUUGAGGUAAGAGACAAGAAUCGAGAAUUCGUAUAUUGCAAAGCCAGCUUGAGUGUGAACGAAUGA